CCCACAUUCCGCACUAAUACUCUCUCUUCCUUUAAACGAACAGUCUUCCAUCAACCAAAGUAGUCCCUCUUUUUUCUCUCUCUAAAAUUUUAUCUAUCUUCUUUCAUGGCUUCUCGCCGGAAAGUCAAAAAAAUUCAGUAAUUGAAUCACAUUCUUGUUUUUAACGUUCUUAAUGGCAGUGUUUGUUAAUUUAAGUUCAAGGUUUGUUCUUUGUGCUUUAUUCUUCGCUUUAAUUCAUGUUCUGAGUCAUUACCAAAUUGUUGUCUCAGAGCCAACACAGGACAAGCAAGCUCUCCUUGCUUUCCUAUCUGAGAUCCGACACCCAAGUCGGGUCGAAUGGAACAAAUCCACUUCAGCUUGUACUUGGUUUGGUGUUGAAUGUGACCCGACAAAAUCUUUUGUCUAUUCACUACGUCUUCCUGCUGCUGGACUCGUCGGUCAAAUAACUAACAACUCAUUGGGCCGGUUGACCCAACUCCGUGUUCUUAGUCUUCAUGCUAACCGCUUAUCCGGCCCAAUCCCUUCCGAUUUUGCUAACCUUAAGCUUCUUCGUAGUCUCUAUCUACAUAAAAACCGGUUCACCGGUGAAUUCCCGAAAAGUCUUCCCGGGUUGACCCGGUUAAACAGGUUGGAUCUUUCUUCGAAUAAUUUCGCUGGUACUAUCCCUUUUUCGAUAAACAAUCUCACACAUUUAACUGGACUUUUCUUACAAAACAAUAACUUCAGUGGUACUCUUCCGAGUAUUAAUCCACCAAGCUUAGUGAAUUUUAAUGUGUCGAAUAAUCAUCUUAAUGGUUCAAUUCCUACUUCACUUUCUAAAUUCCCAAGUUCAUCUUUUUCUGGAAACACUGAUUUAUGUGGUGGCCCAUUGCCUCCAUGUACGCCAUUUUUUCCAUCUCCUUCACCUUCACCAAACACACAGCCAAAAACAACACCAAAUAAGAAAUCCAAGAAACUAUCAACAGCUGCUAUUGUUGGAAUAGUUGUGGGGUCGACCCUCGGUCUUCUCCUGCUGUUGGUCCUCCUUUUUAUAUGUUUACGACGAAGAUCAAGAAAUAAAGAGACGUCGAAAACACAGAAACCUCCGGUAGCUGUAACGGGGGCUGUACCAGUGGAGGCUGGGACAUCGUCAUCUAAGGAUGAUUUAACGGGUGGUUCAGCUGAAGGGGAGAGGAAUAAACUUGUGUUUUUUGAUGGUGGAGGGUAUAGUUUUGAUCUUGAAGAUUUAUUGAGGGCUUCUGCUGAGGUGUUGGGGAAGGGUAGUGUGGGGACUAGUUAUAAAGCUGUUCUUGAAGAAGGUACUACUGUGGUUGUGAAAAGGUUGAAAGAUGGUGGUGCAAAGAGAGAGUUUGAGCAACAAUUGGAAGCUUUGGGGAAGAUGAAACAUGAAAAUGUGUUGCCUUUGAGAGCUUUUUACUUCUCUAAAGAUGAGAAAUUGUUGGUCUCCGAUUAUAUGCCUGCUGGAAGUUUGUCUGCUCUUCUUCAUGGCAGCAGAGGAUCAGGCCGUACACCACUUGACUGGGACAGUCGAAUGAGAAUAGUGUUAGGUGCAGCAAGAGGCAUUGCAUUCCUCCAUAUUUCAGGAAAAGUUGUCCAUGGAAACAUCAAGGCUUCCAAUGUUCUCCUUAAACAAGAUAACCAGGAUGCAUGUGUAUCUGAUUACGGAUUAAACCCUCUUUUCUCCACUGCAACACCAGUCAAUCACCGUGUUGCAGGAUAUCGUGCACCGGAGGUUCUUGAAACUCGAAAAGUCACAUUUAAAUCUGAUGUGUAUAGCUUUGGAGUAUUAAUGUUGGAGCUCUUAACGGGCAAAGCCCCGAACCAAGCUUCACUAGGUGAAGAAGGCAUCGAUUUGCCUAGGUGGGUCCAAAGCGUUGUAAGGGAAGAAUGGACAGCGGAGGUGUUUGACGUUGAGCUAAUGCGAUACCAUAAUGUGGAAGAAGAGAUGGUACAACUACUUCAGAUAGGUAUGGCAUGUGUUGCUACUGUGCCAGACCAACGGCCUUCCAUGACGGAGGUAGUAAGGAUGAUCGAAGAAAUGAAUAGAGGUGAUACGGAUGAUGGUCUUCGACAAUCUUCCGAUGAUCCCUCUAAAGGUUCCGAAGGCCAAACACCUCAGGAGUCUAGAGGCUCGCCUCGCGGUGUUACACCAUAAAAGAAAUUAUAAAUUCCCAGGAAGGGUAAGUAAAUUGUAUUAGAUGUUUAGUGGGUGGAGUAAGUAUUUGGGGCGUUUCGGGGACUUGUUAUGUGUCUUUAUUUUAUUUGAUUUCAUUUUUUCUUAAAUUAUUUUGAGAAAAUUUGUGCAAUGAUUUUUACAGGUGGUAGUUGAGAAAUUUGAAUAUUUCCGUGAAGUGAUU